GUUUAGAAUUCAAAACUAAAAAUGUUCAGAAAAUUGGAAAAUAAUAAAGACCAUCUAAUUUAUGAAAAUAAAUUUGGAACAACUGCUAUUGAUGUGGAUGAUGAAAAUGAUUUUUAUAAUGAGAAACCAUUAAAAAGGAAAGAUAUAACUCUUUGGUUUAUUGAUGCAGUUGUUCUUUUAAUUGAGCAUCUUCAAUAUUAUGCUGUUCUCUUAUCAUUCUCUGAUCAGUGGGAGUGGCCAAUUAAUUGGAUUAAUGCUACCUCAUUUACAUUGCUUUUUAAUUUUGAUAUUUGGGAGUUCAACAAGGUUUUUACAGGAGCUUUCAAUCAUUCAGCAUCUUCAUAUGUAGACUCAUCUAAGUUAAACUUCAACUAUAUGUGGUAUUUUGCAUUAUGGAUUUUAACAUUAGUUCUUAUUUAUGCAUGUUUUGUUUUUAUUUAUGUGAAAUGGAUGAACAGAAGACCACUUUAUAUGUUACUUUAUAUUGCAAGAUGGAAACGGGUUAUGUUUGUUGUAUUAGAAUUAUUAGGCAUUCCAUUUGGUGUUGUUGGUGCACGAAUAUUUCAUUGUCGUUUAAAUGAAAAUGGGUAUGUUAUGGAUGUAAAUAAUGCAACACAGUGUCUUAAUGUAUCACAUUUAUUUCUUGCUAUUUUUGUAUCACUAAUAUUUUUUUUAUGGUUUUUAUGUUAUCCUUAUUUGCUGAGGAAAUGGAUAUCAGAACAAAUAUUUUCAGGUGAUCGGGCACGACAUGAAGGAUAUUUGCAGCUAAAGGAAGCUGAAUAUGAACAGGGUUUAAAUAAAUUAUGGGAACUUAAUCAGUAUCAUUUGUUUUCAUCAUUUCAAAGAUCUUGGGUAUUUUAUAAUCAAUGGAAAUUUAUUUUUAAAUUUGCUUUAAUUGUUGCUUUUGCAUUUUCUAUUAGAGCUGAGUUCUGGUCAUCUGCAGUUGUUACACUAUUAUUUUUUGUUGCAACGCUUACUGUUCUUAUUCAGCAGCCAUUUAGAGUGAGAUGUUUCAAUUCUAUGCUAGCUAUGUGUCAUUUUAUUUUGUUCUGUAAUUCUCUUAUAGGAAAUUUUACAGUUAGGCCUCCCUGGGUAAUUCUUGAAAAUUUUCAGAUAGUUUCAUUUUUACGUUAUCCUACCAUUCUUCAAAUGCUUGAAGCUAUCAAUAUUGUAUGGUUAUUGUUUGUAUUUUUAUGGAUAGUUUAUUUAUUUCUUUUAAAUAAUUCGUUAUUAACUAAGGGAAAAAUUUGGCCGCGUCUUUCAUACAGUUCAACAAAAGUUAUUGGGAAUAACACAAUGAAAUACUUAAUGGCUUCUUUAAAAGCCAGACAAACUUUAAAGAAUUCCACAAGGGCGAUACCAUUAUUUGCGCCUGUUCACGAGUUAGCUCAUGAAAUAAAGGUUAUUAAUGCUUUUUGUAGAGAAGCAGAGAUACUAUCAGAUCCUACUCACGACACAUUGUGGGAUUUAUUGGAUGAACUUAUUGAAGCUCAUAAUGAGUUGAGUCCUGUUUCUGUUUUUGGUAUGUCUGUUAAAAGUUCUGUUAGAGAAACUUCAGAAGAAUUUAUCAGACUCAUGCCAAGUUUCCGUAAAAGACUUAUGCAAAGAGAAUAUGAUUUCAUUUUAAUUUCACCUCUAAAACGAAGAAUAUUACUUAAAAUGUAUACUUUAGGAGUCUUUAUUAGCCGAAUAAGUAAAAAGAAGAGAACCACUUCAUUGGAUUCUCCAAAGCUCUUUGAUUCUUUAAGUAUUGAUACUGAGAUUGGUUUCAGUUCAGGAACGUCAAUUCAAUGGGAUUCAGAAUUUUUGAGGUCAGAAAGUAAUGACAAAUAUCAUCAAGAUAUUGAUGGCAUGUUGUCAGCUAGUAAUAAAGUUGCCAGUGACAAUAAGCAAAAUCGUGUUGUCUUUAUUGAUGAGUUUAGUGAUGAGGAACCGUUUUAGAGUUUAUGUACAGAUAACUUGUACAAAGCACCUUGAUGAACAGCACUUUUGGCAUUCCAUAACUACAAUAUUUAAUAUUUUGUUAAUAUAUUCUAUACUGGAGAAUAAAAUAGAUUGUAUAUAAAUUAUGCUAGCGAAAAUUGUUCGUUUUAAUAUUUAACACUUAUUUUGUAAUACUAUUUAUGGCAAAAUAUAAGUAUACAUUGGA